UAAUAUGUACAGGGAAGCAAUAAAUGUCCCAGCACUUACCUCCUCGGCGUGACCGGGGGACCUCGGCCCCAGCAUCUCCUCGGCGUCAUCACCGCUUCCCCCUCGGGCGGGGAGGACAAAGAAGCAAACAGAACAAACACCCGGCGCGUCCCAGCGGUGAAACGCGUAGGCGUCGAGCGUGGAGCUCACCGCAAUUUUUGUGAAGCUAGGGGCUUUGGUCACUUGCGUUAGCCAAUUCAUUCUAAUUGUGGGACCCUAUUAUUUUUUACCACUCUAUCCACUCGAUUCUCGAUCUUCGAUCCUCCAACCAUUUUUGUGUUUACCAUGACCAAAGAGACCACCCCGCCACCCCAAGAGAAAUCCCUCCCCGCGCACAAUCCGCCUUCACUGCCUGCCUCCCCGCUGGCGAAACGAUCAAAGCCAGACACAAUGACUACCGCCGCCGUCACCUCGAUCCAGCAGCCGCUGCCCCCGCUGCUUGUUAAGAAGCUCGUCGAGUCUGCCCAGGCUCCGACUCGUGGCUCCGCUUUCGCGGCUGGGUACGAUAUUUACGCUGCGAAGGAGACUGUUAUCCCCGCUAAGGGAAAGGCCGCCGUUGAGACUGGCAUUGCUAUUGCUGUGCCUGAGGGAACUUACGGCCGCAUUGCUCCCCGUAGUGGUCUUGCUGCUAAGCACUUCAUUGACACUGGUGCUGGUGUCAUUGAUGCCGACUACCGCGGUGAGGUCAAGGUGCUUCUGUUCAACCACUCUGACGUUGACUUCCCGGUCAAGGCGGGUGAUCGUGUUGCCCAGCUGGUUCUGGAGCGGAUUUACACCCCUGAAGUGAGCGUUGUCGAGGAGCUGGAGGAGAGUGUCCGUGGUGCCGGUGGAUUCGGUAGCACUGGCAUCUAAGAGCCAUACCUCGGUACACAGUUGGGAGGAUGACAGACAAAAAUUAGACGGCUUCUGGGUUUAACAGGACCUAGUUACGAUUACAUGCAUUUGAGAACUUGUUUGAUUGAAUGAACAAAAGACACAAAAGAG